AUGCCUAGUUCAUUGAAAACAACUAAAGCUAGUGAAGAAACUGAAGACGCUGCGGCAGUAGACUUGAAUAACUCCAAUGUAAUGUAUCUACUGUUAAUCUUAGUUUGCCAUCCACUAGUACUGGUUAUAAAAAUUCCCAGCAAAGUCAAGAAGAUGUCACAGUCAAUCCUGCUGAGAUGGUUUAUCAUGAAGCUAAAAAAAAGAAAACAAAGCACCUUAGUAGCUUGUUUAGAGAGAGGCUCAAGCUUCGAAGAAGGUGGACAAAAACAUAGUGAAAUAACACAGGCACUGAUUUACAUGAUAUGUAAGGACAAUUUGCCAUUAUCAUGUGUUGAAAAAAAAGGCUUGCAAAAACUUAUGCGCACAGCAUGCCCUAUUUAUAAACUGCCUUCCAGAAAAAAGGCUUUAGAAUGUCAAGAAAAGGCUCCAAGUGAAGAAGGUCUGGGAUACAAAGUUGUUUUGAAACUAACUAAAAAUGUACCUGCUGGCUCAUUAGUUGUGUUCGAUAACUUCUUCACAAGCAUUCCCCUAAUAGAGAUUUUAUAUGAAAGAAAUAUUUACAGUGUUGGCACAGUGCGAUUGACAAGGAAAGGAAUGCCAGAAGAAUCCACUUAA